AAGCAAGUAGGUAGCGUGUGAAAGUUGAAUAGAACAACCUUCGAGGGGUGGUGGUGCGGUGGUAAGCUCUCAGUUCCUCUCUAGGAGAGGUCUCAUGUUUGAAUAUUGCUUCCACUGGUUUUCUUUCAUAACCUCUUGAAGGCCACCUGUUUAGCGUAAGUUGGGAUUUACCUGAGGGUAAUGGUGGGUCCCGUGAGUAUACUAGUAAAAAAGGUUGUAGAGAACCUUACACAACCAAAUUAUUCUUGCAGCCAAGUUACUACUUGCGUAUCUGAAGAUGGCGGUUUAAAGGACUUUUGGAUACCCGAUUACAUACUAUUAAGCGAAUCACGAGUCAACAAACCAUCAUAUAUUCCAGCUUCUCCUGUGGUAGUUUUUGUCAAUUCAAGAAGUGGUGGCCAACUCGGUGGAGAACUUUUGAUCAGCUACCAAACGCUCCUAAACAAAAAUCAGGUAUUUGAUUUGAGCGAAAAUGCUCCUAAUAAGGUGCUACGUGAACUAUAUUGCAAUAUAGAGAAACUUAAACGUAGUGGAGAUUCAUUGGCUCCCGAGAUCCAGAGGAGGUUAAGAGUUAUAGUUGCAGGCGGUGACGGAACUGCGGGUUGGAUUCUUGGGGCGAUCGCUGAUCUUAACUUAGCUCAGCCACCGCCGGUAGCCACAGUGCCGCUAGGAACCGGAAACAAUCUCCCAUAUGCAUUUGGUUGGGGAAAGAAAAAUCCUGGCACUGACGUUAAAUCUGUGAAGAUGUUUCUGGAUCAAGUAAGACAUGCAAAAGAGAUGAAAGUUGAUAGCUGGCAUGUUCUCAUGCGAAUGAAAGUUCCAAGAGACGGUGUACCAUAUUUGGAGCUACCACACGCGUUCCAUGAAGUCCAACGUGUCUCCCAAUCAGAUGCAUUAGAUCAGGAAGGUUACCGCACAUUUCGUGGAGGAUUUUGGAACUACUUUAGCAUGGGAAUGGAUGCACAAGUCUCAUAUGGGUUUCAUAAAGAAAGAAAGCUGCACCCAGAAAAAUUCAAAAAUCAGGCGGCUAACCAGAGUGCGUAUGCAAAGCUCACAUUGUCACAAGGAUGGUUUUGGGCUUCACUUUCUCAUCCAUCUUCAUCGAAUAUAGCACAACUGGCAAAGAUUUGGAUCAUGAGAAAGCCAGGUCACUGGGAAGUCCUCUCCGUACCUCCCACCAUUCGGUCAAUUAUUUGCCUCAACUUGCCUAGUUUUUCUGGUGGACUCAAUCCAUGGGGCAUACCAAGCAGAAGGAGACUUCGUGUGAAAGAAUGGACUCAUCCAUACGUCGAUGACGGUUUUCUUGAAGUUGUUGGAUUCCGAAAUGCUUGGCAUGGUGCUGUUUUAUAUGCUCCAAGUGGGCACGGGACCCGUCUUGCACAGGCAAGAGGAAUCCGAUUUGAAUUUCACAAGGGUGCAACAGACCAUACAUUCAUGAGGAUGGAUGGGGAGCCGUGGAAACAACCUCUGCCUAAAGAAAACGACACAGUCACUAUCGAGAUUUCAUGUUUUGGUCAAGUGAAGAUAUUGGCGACCGGAAACUACCCAUCGAAAAGUGUAAAUGACCCUUCUACCCCUCGCACACCCAACGAUAACGAACAUGAUAGUGAUGACGAAGAGGUUUAUGAAGACAGAGGAAAGUUUGGUGCGGCUUCUAGUUUCAAGUUACCCGAAGACUUUCACAUAUCUCAAGUUAGUUAGUUAGUUAGUUAUAACCCGUUUUCCUUUUGGUAUGAAAUUUGUUCACUUUUGCGGCCCGAAUGCUGAUACAUGUAAAUCACUAGUGAUACUUUUAAAUUAUCAAGUAAAGAAAGAGGCUUAUCAUAUGCAUUCCGGUGUUGUAUACAUGUAUUAUUUUAAGCUAUAGUUCAAAUAGCUCGUAGCUUGCUCAAAA